UUUAUAAAUCUGCAGAACUCAGGAAGUGUUCCCCUUGCAACCUCAAAGCUCAAACCCCUUCCUCCUGAGCCUUAUGAUCGCGGAGCAACUAUUGACAUUCCUCUUGAUACCUCAAAGGACAUCAAGGCAAAGGAGAAAGAACUUCAAGCCAGAGAAGCUGAAUUGAAAAGAAGGGAACAGGAGCUAAAACGAAAGGAAGAUGCUAUAGCCCGAGCUGGAAUAGUUAUAGAGGAAAAGAAUUGGCCUCCUUUUUUCCCCAUCAUUCAUCAUGAAAUUUCAAAAGAAAUACCAUUGCAUCUUCAAAGGAUCCAGUAUGUUGCGUUUACAACAUGGUUAGGUUCCUUAUAUGAAUAUUCUCAGAUCAAAUAUUAAUCGGGGGGUUUCUUUCAGCUUCUGAGUUCAUGACACAUGCUGAAUAAUAAGGAUUAGAUUAAGAGAAGAAGGUGGAUGAUGGCAACAAAACAAUAGACCAAGGGGAGAAAAAUUUGUAUUGGAGGUGUUUGAUCCGGCAAACUAUGUUAAGAAUGGGACUACUUUCUACUUUCCUUUGAUUCUGUAGGCUGUAACUGAAGAAUAAACAGGAAGGGAAUGAUGCUGCUACUGUUGCAAAGGAGAAACACUCAACAAAGGAAAAAAAUCAUAAAAGGAAAAAGGUGAUAAAAUGUAUAUGCAGUAUACAUUGAGAUUUAUUAGAAACAUGAGAUUAAUACAGUAUGUGAAUAGUGCAUAUCUAAUCAUCUCAAACAACUUUUUCUCAUUCAUAGGGUUGGUUACUGUGUCUCUGGGUUUAUAUUGAAUUUUUUUUGAACUACCUAAUAGAACUAGAAUUAUGGGAGUUAUAUUCAUGUCUUUUGGCCAAGAUUUGGUUGUCUAUAGUUAUUUGUUCUUUUUUCUUUCAAUGUUGAUAACACUUAUUAUGUCCAGUAUAUUCUUAUAUAUGCAACUUGAUUAUCAUCUUUCUAUGGUGUCUCACUUUUUAUCUCCAUUGGAAAUUGGGAAUGAGAACUUUCUUAGUAUAUUUUAACCAUUUCUAGGUUUGGCAUGCCUGCUCAAAGCAUCAUCAGUGCAAGCUUAUUGUAGCUAUUAGCUAAAUCUUCUGAUUUCUUUAGUUAUCUUUA